UCGUCGGCCGGCCGCGCGUCGCCACGAUGCCGCUGCCGCGGUGUCCCACCGGCUCGCUGUGUGUGCUACUGGUGCUGGCGGUGCCGGCCCUGGUGGACCUCCCCCUGGCCACCGCGCAGCGCUGUCGUAGGGAGCCGGAGAGUCCGUACGGCCCGCCGCCGGUCAAGACACCCGGUAGUGGCGGGUAUCGAGUCGAGGUGCGCGGAAAUCACACCAAGUACGAGCCCGGUAAGAGAUAUGAGGUGAAACUGGUCAACAUCCAGAACAAGUUUGUGCGCAAGUUCAAGGGGUUCUUCCUGACGGUGGAGCCGUCGGUGCCGGUAGAGUACGGCAUCAUUCAGCAGGUGGGCCAUUUCCGACCGUCCAGCUCAGCUGUGGGCUUCUCGGACGAGUGCGGCACCAACACGGUGACUCAUACGUCCGACUCGCCCAAGUCGCACGUGUCGCUGAUCUGGGUGGCGCCGCCGCCCGGCUCCGGGUGUGUGAUGUUCCGCGCCACUGUAAUCGAGGGUCGCGGAGUGUGGUUCAGCGACGACGGUCCCCUGAGCUACGAGCUCUGCGAGCACGUGCACGAGAACGAGGACGAGCAGCCGACGCCGCUGGACACGUGCUGCGCCUGCGAUGAGGCCAAGUACGAAGUCACCUUCGAGGGCCUGUGGUCGCGCAACACACACCCGCGCGACUUCCCCAUCGACCGGACCGCCGCCGCAUUCAGCGACAUCAUCGGAGCCUCACACUCGGCCGGGUUCCGGUUCUGGGAGUACGGCGGCGUGGCCACGGAGGGAGUUCGUCAGGUGGCCGAGUGGGGAGACACCAAGAAGCUGGAGAACGAGCUGAAGGAGCACAGCGGCGACAUCCGCACCAUCAUCAAGGCGCGCGGUCUCGAGUACCCGAACCUGCAGGGUCGUACGUUCGCCGUGUUCCGCGUGGACCGGCGUCACCACCAGGCGUCGCUGAUGUCGCGCCUGAAGCCGUCGCCCGACUGGCUGGUCGGUGUGUCUGCCAUGGAGCUCUGUCUGCGCAACUGCAGCUGGGCAGAGCGCCAGGUGCUCAACCUGCGACCCUGGGACGCCGGCACCAAGAACGGCGACUCCUACCUGGGCUCCUACCCGCCGACCAACCCCAAACAGAAGAUCCAGCGCAUCACCAGCAAGUGGCCGGCCAACUCGCCGUUCUACGAUCCGACUGGUGGUGAGAUACCGCCGCUGGCGCGGCUCGUGCUCAAGCGCCAGCGGGUGUACGAGCGAGACUGCGGCACCGGCCACGCGGGCCCGGCCGCCGCCAGCCUCUCUGACUGCGCCACCACCACUUGGAGCGACUGGUCGGCCUGCUCAGCCACCUGCGGGCAGGGCCGCAGGACGCGCCGCCGCCACUACCGCAACCGGACACACGCCACCAUGUUCUACUGCCAGGUAGCGCUGGAGGAGACGAGCGUGUGCUCGGCCAGCAUUCCAUGCGACACGUACGGAGCGUUCGACUUUGGCGGCGGUGUCGGCGCCGGUGGGGGCACCAGCAGUAGCGCGAACCGGUGGCUCGGCUCCGGAUCAGACGGGCUCGACACCGGCUACGGCGUCCCGAUGUCCGGUAUGGCAGGUCAGGAUGUCUGCGCGCUGGACGAGUGGUCCCAGUGGGGCCCGUGCUCGACCACGUGCGGCCCGGGCAUCCGCCGACGCACGCGUAACUUCAAGUCACACCUCGGUCGCAAGCGGUGCUCGGAAGAGACCACCGAGAUCCAGGACUGCAGUGACCAGAACCCGCCGUGCCUGACCUACGAGGAGAUUCCGCCCGGCUGCGAGGUGGUCCCCUGGAGCGAGUGGUCGCCCUGCUCGGUCUCCUGCGGCGGGCCCGGCGAGCGGGUGCGCGUGCGAACGUUCAUGCGCGAGCCCGACUCUCCGGAUCGCUGCGCGGGCGUCAAGCGGCGGGAUACGGUGACCUGUCUGCCGCCGCGCAGCGACUGCCGCCUGGCGCGCAGCGAGGCGAUCGCCGUGUGCAAGGAGCCGCUGGACGUGGGCAGCUGCCGCCUGAACCUGGAGCGCUGGUACUACUCGGAACAGGACGGCCACUGCGUGCGCUUCCUCUACGGCGGCUGCCGGGGCAACCGGAACAACUUUGAGACCGCCAAGGAGUGCGAGGAGACCUGCGAGAGCCUGUCGGGCCUGUCGGGCCGCUCGCGCUCCUACGGUAGUGAGCUGGGUACCUCGUACAUGGGUCCGGCCGGCGGUAGCGACUCAAGCAUGUACGGUAUGCCGCAGUAUACGCCAAACGGUGGCUUCGACUCGGAGCUGAGUCGCCACUCGGAGUUGUUCAGCUCGUCACAAGUUAUCAACCCUCUGCUGGAUCGCGGUGUACGCAGCCACUCGCACCACUGUGCCGUGGAGCCGUGGGGCGCCUGGAGUCCGUGCUCGGCCUCGUGUGGCAGAGGUACUCAAGUGCGUCGGCGCCGGCCGCGCUACCCGGGGCGAGCCGGCUCAGCGGGCUGCGGCCGGCGCCGGCUGGAGCGACACAGGCACUGCCGCCACCUGCCGCCCUGCUGAGGGGGUUCUAGCAACCCUGCUGAGGAUAGUGGCCAUCCGUGCUGAGGGACCGGUUCCCUGCCGAAGGUCGGUCAUCCCGGCUGAGGGCUUUGUUAGUGGUUACCCCUGCAGUGACCCUAAGUGGUUGGCGGUGACUUGGACCCGUGGCUGGAGGGGACAACGAAUGCCCUCGAGCGGCUGGGAUGUCUCAGUCGAGAAGUUUAUCGGACGGUGUUUGCUUUCAUUGGUCAGUGACGUGCGGUGCGCAAUGGCGCUCUGGUUAAGUGUUCCCAUUGAUACAUGUCUGGUGAGAUGAGAGGCGAGAGCUGAGAUCACCGCUUACCGAGAAGGAGGAAGCACGCGACAUUGUCAGAGAUUGUGACGGAGUGGCCCACGGCAGUAGGUUUAUGACAUCCCUGCCGUUUUCUGGCUGGGUCGCCGUUGUUUAUUUGAUCGAGGUCGACUCGCUCGCUGCACCAGACUAUGGGUCGCUGGUGUAGCAUAGAGUUGUACUUGUCACGGACGCUUCUGGUGCUCGGUACGUGCGGUUCUGGAGCUCGUCACUGUUCUAGUCGAGUAGUGUUACGUAAUAUUGCUGUUAGCGGCUGGGCAGCUGUGCCCCUCGGCAUCGCGCAGCCCAGGUUGGGCUGCUCUGCAGUUAGGUCGAGCUGCACGACCCCCAGUGCGGAGGUGUUCUGUUGGUUAUAAAUUAUAGCCCCUCGAGGGUAGACCGUCAGUAUUUGGAGCUGUUUGUUGGAUAAAGCUCCGUCGGCUUCCCCUGUGGAUUUCUAGAUCUGCCAGGUGGAUGAAAAUACUGACCGUACUUGAGGAAUGUUUUAUCAUUCUAAGUGGAGACGCUAGUUUCCAUUUCUUUUCUCUCAAGUCAGUUUAUUGUGAUCAGAUGUGUGAAUCUCAUCCAAUAAAUGGUCGAAAGCUUUUGAAUAAA